GAUGAUAAGUGAUUGAAGCAACAAAACUACGUUAGACAUAUUAUCAUACAUUGAAAUUGCAUUGAAAUUAUAAUUGUCGUUGUAGUCGAUAAUUAUACAUUCCAGCAUGGGUUUACCAGAUUUACCCGAACAAGCUGACGAAGAUCAAACGUUUAGUAUCGGAGAAGGAAAUGUUAUUAAUAUGGAUUUCACAAGUGACGACAGCGAGUAUGAAUCUGGUGAGGAUAAUGAAUUUAUAGGGUACCAGCCACUUAGUCUUCACGACAGCAAUGAGACUACCAUAAAUGAACAUGAAGUUGGCACAGGCGAAACAAGAGUUACUGCGAAUAUAUCUAAUGUAUAUCAAUCUAAUCCAGAUUUUUUAAAUUUGGAUGUUUGGAAUGCACCUAGGCCAACCGAGUUAAACAUUGAACUUGACGGUGCAAAAGCAAAUCAGAUUGUAAACGUAAUGGCUGGAUUUGAACUGCCUAAUUCGUCGGUUCCUGCAUGGGCUGUUGGAAUACCUGAGGACAAAUGGAAACAAGAGUUAUUGCAGCGCAUUCGUCAGCGACAACAUUCAGAAGACAUACAGAAAUCCAACAAUUAAGUAUUAGUUUACAGUUAAUAUGGAAACUUUUAGGUACAUUUCAUGAAUAGAUUCGAAAAGGUUUUUUCGUAUUACGAUGUCUAAGAACAACAAUUCAAUUAGACCAACCUCGUGUUUUUAAAAAAUAUUAACAAUUCAAUUGUUUCAAUGUAACUCUUUGUCUGUAUUCACCUGUAACAUAACUCUUUGCCUGCAGUCAACUGUAGCAACUAAGUAUAUAUUAUCACACAAUACAGUUAUAUAAAUAUAGCUACAUGAAUGAUUAUUUGGUUGACUUCAAGCUUAUUUGGUUUAGAGAUUGACCGAUGAAGGUAAAUUACUGAGUGAUUUCGUCUCUUCUUUUUUGGUGCAGUGAUAGGAUUUUAAUCUAUGAGCUUCAAAAAUGGAAAAAAUAAAUUAUUGCAUAGCAGCAAGUAUACUGAAAACCAAGCCACAGGAUUAAUAAUAUUCGCAGGUUUGUAAAUGAUAAUACCGCAAGCAGGAAA